CACCAAUUCUGCCACGAUGGAAUCCCAUCUAGUGGUGUGUUGCUGCUUCUCUGGGGACAAGUCCUGCAGGUCCACUCAUGACGCAGGUCUGUGGAUCCAGAGCGUCAUCUGCAGCAAUGAGGAAGUCAUCCCAGGCCCUUGGCCUGGUGUUUUGGCGACAAUUUGAUGUGAAGAUGGCAGCCAGGGUGCUUUGGGGCAGCCUCAGCCUUCUCCGUGUGCUGUGGUGUCUCCUUCCGCAGACAGGCUACGUGCACCCAGAUGAGUUCUUCCAGUCACCUGAGGUCAUGGCAGAGGACAUCCUGGGUGUGCAGGCCACACGGCCCUGGGAGUUUUACCCCAGCAGUUCUUGCCGCACGGUGGUCUUCCCACUGCUGACCUCUGGCUCUACCUUCUGGCUGCUCAGGCUCUGGGAAGAGUGGGGCCUGGGGCCUGGCCUAGUGAGCGGCUAUGUGCUGCUGGUGGGGCCCCGACUCCUUCUCACUGCCCUCUCCUUUGCCCUGGACAGGGCUGUGUACCAUCUGGCUCCACUGUGGGGGGCGGACCGCUGGAAUGCCCUGGUCUUGCUGUCUGGUUCCUAUGUCACCCUGGUCUUCUACACAAGGACCUUCUCCAACGCCAUCGAGGGACUGCUGUUCGCGUGGCUGCUAGUGCUGGUAUCCCCCUACAUGACAUGGAGCCCCAAACCCAAGAAGCCUGCUCCAGGCCCAUGGUGGCACGGUUGGCUUCUUGGGGGCAUUGUGGCCGCUGGCUUCUUCAACCGGCCCACCUUUCUGGCCUUUGCUCUGGUACCCCUCUAUCUGUGGGGCACCCGUGGAGCUACCAACCCUGGCUUCAAGUCCCUGACCUGGGAAGCCCUGGUGCUGUUUCCAGGGGCGGCCCUCACAGCAGCGGUGUUUGUGGUCAUGGACAGCUGGUAUUUCUCCAGCCCCUCUAAAUCCAGUACCCUUGUCCUUACUCCUGUCAACUUCUUGCACUACAACCUGGACCCCCAAAACUUGGCAAGGCAUGGCACACACGUGCGACUCACUCACCUGGCAGUCAAUGGCUUCCUGCUUUUUGGUGUGCUGCAUGCUCAGGCUCUGCAGGUUGCCUGGCAACAGCUGCAAGUGUGCCUCCGGGCCUUUGUACAAAUGGGCCCCCUGAGGGUGCUGGGUGCUCAGAGCCUGCUGGCCAGCCCCAGGUCUUACCUCCUUCUCCUCUACUUCAUGCCCCUGGCCUUGCUGUCUGCUGUUAGCCACCAGGAGGCUCGGUUCCUCAUCCCCCUCCUGGUCCCCCUAGUCCUGCUUUGUAGUCCGCAGACCCAACCCAUGCCUUGGAAGGGCACCCUGGUCUUCUUCAAUGCCCUCGGUGCCUUCUUCUUCGGCUGCCUGCAUCAGGGGGGGCUAGUGCCUGGCCUAGGGUACCUAGAACAGGUGGUCCACGCACCUGUGCUCCCAAGCAUGCCCACCCACUACACACUCCUCUUCACCCACACCUACAUGCCCCCCCGGCACCUCCUACACCUCCCAGGCCUGAGGUCACCUGUAGAGGUUGUGGACAUGGGUGGAACCGAGGACCGGGUCUUAUGCCAAGCCCUGAAGAGCGUCACCAGGCGACCAGCCUGCCAAGAGGCCGGUGGACCAUGGCUCUGCCGCCUCUUUGUGGUGACCCCUGGCACCACCAGACAUGCUGUGGAGAAGUGCAGCUUCCUCCUCAAGAACGAGACCCUUAUGUUUCCUCAUUUGACCCUGGAGGACCCGCCAGCCCUGUCCUCCCUGCUAAGUGGGGCUUGGAAGGACCUCCUUAGCCUUCACAUCAUGGAGCUGGGUGGAGAAAUCUGACAAGAGAGCACCACUGCCCAAGACUCAGCCACAAAAGGUGUCACUCCACCUUCUACUUGGGUGGCUGGGCUGGGAUGCUGAACAGGGCCCUGCUCCUCCCUCAGGAUUCUCACUGCUGCACCUGGACACAACCACUAGCUGUUCUGCCUUCUGGGUGAGCUGGCCCUCCUUUCCCUCAGACCAAAGAUCUGACUUGUCACAGUCAUGAUGCCAAGGUCCCCAAAGGAUCUUGGUGUAACCAAGGCACCCAAAGUCUGUUCCUGCUUAAUUCCUUCCAGCCGCUGUGACACUGUGAUGUUUUAAAUAUAUAAUAGCACCUGGUUGUGAAAAAAGACAA